AUGUCAAAAAAUAGCAAGGAAAGCUUCCCAGGGUCCCAGAACACAAAAACUGGACAAAACAAGUCGAGACCACCGUCCCAGAGUUGGGACGGCCGUCCCAACUAUCCUAGGACAAGUGAGACGCGCGUCCCACAUGUGGGACGACCGUCCCACUUCCCGAGGGCGAGGCUACGUGUUAAAAAUUCAAGUGGGACGGCCGUCCCACCCCGGACGGUCGUCCCGGCCCGGACGGCGCGUCCCGGAUGUGCCGAGUAG